GGUUAAGCGAAAAUGGCUGCGCAGGUUACUACCAAAUAAAUGUCAAACUGGACUUUGAAUCAUUCAACUUUAACGUGUCCUUUGUCAGGGUUAUUGGUGUUAACGUUUUCGAAUGGAUUUCCCGGAGCGGGUUGAUUGUGUCAUUGACGGUACAGGCUUAAGUGAAUCUCUGAUUUCUGCAAGUUUAUCAAUAUUGGGGAAACAAAUUCUUCAUAUCGAUAGAAAUGGUUAUUAUGGUGGAGUCCUUGCAUCUUUACGAUUCCCUGAAUUCGAAAAACUUCUCAGUCAAAUUGAACCUGACUGCCCCAAAAGUCUUCCAAUCAUUAAAGAUAAUUGUUUAGAUCUCAGUGAGAUUGAGUCUCCUUUGGUCACUCACAGGUCAUCGGAAUGGUUUCUAGGCUGUGACGACAGUUUCGAUUCCUAUGAUGAUAAUGAUGCUGAAAAUUACAGUAGUGUGAGCAGAAAAGUUAUUAAUGAUUCACCUAGCACAAUGGCAUUGCCUAGUGAUAUCACUGUUCAACACGAUCAUAUUAGCACCGAGAUUUCUAGUGUGGUUCGCGAGCUUGGAGAAGAACAAGAGAAAUCCAAUGGGGAUGGACAUGAAAAUGUUACAGUAACCGAGCAAAAAUCUGAUGACGCUGGUAAGAAUGUCCAGAGCCAAAAAUUAUGGUCUCGGUCUAAACUACGAAACGCUGUGCGCCUACAUGAUAUAGACAUAGUACCAAAGAUAAUUUAUUCGCACAGUCCUGUAGUAACUGCGCUCCAACGUGCUGAUGUAACAAGAUAUUUAGAAUUUCGUUUUGUAUCACGCCUGUUAGCUUAUAUUGGUAAUAAUCAGUGCACACAACAGUCUGGAACAGUCUCAAACAAUGCUGAUAAUCAAUCUUCCUCAACAAAUUUUACGGGUCAUGUAGUCAAAAUUCCCGUCUGUCGUUCUGACGUGUUUAAAACACGUUUAUUAAGUUUACAUCAAAAAAGAUCGUUAGGUGCAUUUUUCGAAUGGUGUUUUCAUUUAAUCAUUAAUGAUACUCAACUCAGUACAACACAUUCUAAUAAAGAUGAAGAUUAUUGUGCAUACGAAGAUCGACCUUUUCAAGACUUAUUAACUGAAAAACGUAAACUUGAUAAAUUUACCCAACAAUUAUUAAUAACUAAUCUAUCAUUCAGUAAUCAACAGAUUAAAACUAAAGAGGCCAUUUUUAGAAUUCGACGAUUGUUAUUCUCUAUGGGUCGAUUUGGACCAUAUCCAAUUUUGUGGCCAAUGUAUGGUAGUGGAGAUUUAACUCAAGGAUACUGUCGAAUGUCAGCUGUUUUCGGUACGACAUUUUGCCUCGGUUGUAAAGUAGAAAAAAUUGAAUAUAUAAAUUCAGAGGUAGAUGUAGUAACUCAAUCCGUUGAGAAUAUGACUACCAAUAUGAAAGAAGGACAGAUAAUGACAAGAGCUGACUCUUCAUCAUCGUCGUCAAUGCCAAAGAAUAAUACUGAUGAUGAAUUCAUUGUUUAUUUAUCUAAUGGUAAAAAAAUAAAAACAAAAUGUGUUAUUUUAUGUCCAGAAUGUUUACCAUAUUCUUGGAUUAGUGAUUUUAUUAAUCAUUGGUGUGCCCGAGCUGUACUCAUUACAGACUCUUCUCUUUUACCCGAUGACUGUAAAUCGAGUGAUAUUUCAAUACUUGCAUAUUCAUUUAAUGCAAACAAUCAACAAAAUGAUUUAUGCCUUGAUCCUGUUAUCAUAAUUGAAUGUCAAGUUGAAAAAAAUAAAUUCUGUAAAGAUAAUUUAUUUGUCGUACAUCUAUGUGCAAUCAUUAAACAACCGUAUGAUCCAAAGAAAAUUUUCCAACCUCUUUUAAAUUGUCUAUUUACACAAUAUGAUGGUAAUACCGUACAUCCUUCAUCGGUCAAUCAAGGUCAUUGUAAACGACCUAGAAUGUUAUGGGCUGGUUACUUUUGUGUACCAGACUUAUCAUCUAUUCCAAAUAAUUUCUCUACACUUGGAAAAUCUGAAACAAUAAUGAGUUCUAAUAUUUUUAUCACUGCUGGACCAGAUGCUACUCCAGACUUGGAUUCAAUUAUACCUAAUGCAGAAGAGAUAUUCCGUAAAAUAAUUUCUAUUCUAGGCUUGCCAAACAAUUCACAAAAUUUAGCAUCAACAACGACUGGAACAAACAAUGAUGACAGUACAUCUCAGACUAGUAGAUCAUCUAUGUAUACUACAAUUGAUGCGGUUUGGGAUGGUCAAUUUCCACCUAAAGCACCUCGACCAGAAGAUAUUAUUGUGGUAGAUGAAUCAGUGAAUCCACCACCAGUAGUGACAAUAGAAGUCCCUCAAGAAGAUCAGAAUUAACUUAUUCCUCCCUUUUCUCGAUUGUUGAAAUUGAUCCAAACAUCAGUUAAGGAAGGAGAGACACAAGGAAAAUUCAUAUCAAUUUGAUGGAAAAAAUCUAAAAUUUUCCUUCAUAACUUUGACAAAUAAGCGAAUAACGGCAUUAAUGAUAAUAAUUUCUGUUUGAGUUGAAUUACAUGAUUGAUACUUCAUUCUCUAUCUCUCCCUCUGUGUGUGUAUAACGUCUUCGCUUUUCGCUUACUCUUUAACUUUCUUGUGUCUUCCUGUUGUCUAUGGGUUGUUGAUUUCUGUUUUAUUUUGAAAAAAAAUUAUACACAUUUUCACUUCUGUGUUGAGAGAAGUGAAGAAUAUUAUCAAAGCAAUGGGAAGAUCACUUUUCAUUUUUUGUUUGUUUUUCUUUUCUUUCCUGUUUACAUCACAUCUUUUUUUGUAAGGCGGAGGGCGAACACUUUCUUAUUGUUAAUGAAAUGAAUGAUAUGAUCUAACUUAAUAGUUUAUUUUGUGUUUUUUUUUCUCAAAGAAAUAUUCUAUUUUUGAGGUUGAUAGUUGCAUCUUGUUCUGUUUUCGUUUAUUUCCAUCGAUGGAUAUGUAUUCCGAUGGCAUUGUUUAUAUGUGAAAUAUUGUCGCACGUUUUCUGGUGUAUAAAACUAGUUUAUUGAUGUC